CUUCCGGCACUCUCUCCCGAGAAGCGCAUGCGAGAACCUUAACGCGUCUCGAGGCCGCUGGCGGCCGAGCCCGGGCGGCUCUACGCUGAGACGGCGCUCGCAGGAGCAUGGAGGGUGCCCAGGAGGAGAAGGCGCCUGCAGCGGCGCUGGCUGCUGUGCUGAAACACAGCUCGGCGCUGCCGGCCGAGAGUGCCCAGGUGCGGGGCUACGACUUCAACCGCGGCGUGGACUACCGCGCGCUGCUGGGAGCGUACGGCACCACCGGCUUCCAGGCCACCAACUUCGGGCGCGCGGUGCAGCAAGUCAACGCCAUGAUCGAGAAGAAACUUGAGCCGCUGUCGGAGGAUGAAGACCACCAUGCAGACCUGACCCAGAGUCGCCGGCCCCUCACCGGCUGCACCAUUUUCCUGGGCUACACGUCCAACCUCAUCAGCUCCGGUCUCCGCGAGACCAUCCGCUACCUCGUGCAGCAUAACAUGGUGGACGUCCUGGUGACCACGGCAGGGGGAGUGGAGGAGGACUUCAUCAAGUGCCUGGCCCCCACCUACCUGGGCGAGUUCAACCUCCCUGGGAAGGAGUUGCGGGAGAAUGGAAUCAACAGGAUCGGGAACCUCCUUGUGCCCAACGACAAUUACUGCAAGUUUGAGGACUGGCUCAUGCCCAUUCUGGACCAGAUGGUGCUGGAGCAGAACACCGAGGGCACGAAGUGGACACCCUCCAAGAUGAUAGCGCGGCUGGGCAAAGAGAUCAACAAUCCUGACUCCGUGUAUUACUGGGCGCAGAAGAACCAUAUCCCAGUACUGAGCCCGGCACUCACCGACGGCUCUCUCGGGGACAUGAUCUUCUUCCACUCCUAUAAGAACCCUGGCCUAGUGUUGGACAUCGUGGAGGAUCUAAGGCUCAUCAACACCCAAGCCAUCUUCGCCAAGCGCACAGGCAUGAUCAUCCUGGGCGGGGGAGUGGUCAAGCACCACAUCGCCAAUGCCAACCUCAUGCGGAAUGGGGCCGACUUCGCUGUCUACAUCAACACGGCCCAGGAGUUCGAUGGCUCUGACUCAGGAGCGAGGCCGGACGAGGCGGUGUCAUGGGGCAAGAUCAGGGCAGAUGCAGAGCCAGUGAAGGUCUACGCCGACGCCUCCCUAGUGUUCCCGUUGCUGGUGGCCGAGACAUUUGCACAGAAGGUGGGCGCCUUCGGACCCGAGAAGAGCGAGGACUGAGGGGCAGAGGGGGACCCUGCAUGAUAUUUUUUCUCCUGAAUGUCUGAAAUAAAAUGUCACGGUCAUUC